GCCGCGAUUGGAGUGCGCGCGUUGGUCCUUCGAACGCGGAUACGAGUUAAAAGAUAAGUCGCCCCUAAAUAAGCGUCAGUUCUCCCGGGCUCUUCCGACAGCAACAUUCUGGGAGCGCCAGCUGCGACAAUCAUCGUUUGUGAUACAGUUGUGAGGUUGAUGUUUGGUAGUUACUUGUGUGCGCUGUUCUGUGGAUUUUAAUCAGUGCGAGCUUCGGUAGUGGAUUAGUUUUUGUCUAGAUGACGCCAGUGCAACUUUGACCUAGCCAUGGAGUCCACGAAGAUCGUAGUUGUAGUGUUGAGUGUGUUGUGCUUAGUGAACCUAGUUAGGGCAGCCCGAUGGGCACACUCCACGUACCUCAGUCCGGACUAUCGAAUGUUGUGGUCCUUGGGUCCGGGUCCCCAGGACAUCACCAUAGAGCUGCAGGUCAGGACGCUGGGGUACGUGGGGUUCGGCUUCUCCAAAGACGGACGCAUGGCUGGUGCCGAUAUGGUAGUCGGGUGGGUGGAUCACGGACAGGUCUACUUCCAGGAUCGGCACGUUAAAGACUCCCCAGCGAGCGCCAUCGACAGGGAGCCCGAGAUAGAUCCGAGCCAGGAUUACCAACUCCUGCUGGGCUACGAAAAUAGCACCCACACCGUCCUGAGGUUCAGGAGGCGGCUGGAUACGUGCGAUCACCAUGACAUCCCCAUAACGAAUGAUACCAUGCGGAUAGUAUGGGCGUUCCACAAGGGCGAACCCUCUGGUGGUGCGGUGGGGCCCAAGUCUUUACCUCAACACGAUCACAGCUCCAGAGGUAGCCAGUCUCUCUACCUGGUGCAACGAGCAGACCAAGACGGUCCUGGACCCGAAGAAACGGCAAGAAUAUGGGAGUUGAAGAACCCAGCUGUAGACGCGCCAGCUCCGGGAGAGACUUUGUACUGGUGCCGGGUGUUUCGAAUCCCUACCAUCACCAGGAAGCACCAUCUGAUUAGGUACGAGCCCCUCCGAGGAAUAUCGGGAUUCAACGGUCUCCAACACGUCGUCCUCUACGAAUGCCAAGACAACCCCGAGGUGGAAAAACUAGCCGACACCACUGGCCGUCAGUGUUACGAGACCCACACCCAACCUUUAUCCUGCAACACCGUGGUAGCCAGCUGGGCCAAAGGUUCCGAAGGCUUCAGCUUCCCUCCAGAAGCUGGUUACCCCUUGGACUCCCAGAACUCCAGGUACUAUCUGAUGGAGACCCACUACAUCAGUCCGUUAGACGGAAGCCACAGUGUUCUGGACGGUUCUGGGUUGCGUCUGUUCUACACUCCGGAACUUAGAAGGCACGACGCCGGCGUCAUCUCCAUAGGCAUGGACCCGAACUGGAGGCACAUCAUUCCUCCGGGUCAGCAGAAGGUGGUUUCCUCUGGACAUUGCGUGGCGGAAUGUACUAGACAAGCUUUACCUCGUAGUGGCAUAAAUAUGUUCGCGAUAGUCAUGAAGACGCAUAAGAUUGGGAAGCAAGUGGCGCUGAAGCAUAUUCGCGGUAACGUAGAGCAGGCACCCAUCGCCAGCGACGAUAACGUGGAUUCGGACUAUCAGGAAUAUCGCAAACUCGGGGUUCCGGUGAAAAUUUUGCCUGGUGAUCAUCUGAUAGCUCAGUGCACGUAUAACAGUUCGGGUAGAAGUGCUAUAACGCUCGGAGGGCUGACGAGCCGCGAGGAGACUUGUUUGGUGAUGGGACUGUACUACCCCAGGCAGAAAUCUUUGGCUGUGUGCCACAGUUUGCCUAGCUUGCCCACGGUUUUGCACUCUUUGGGGAUCCAGGAACUCACGGGGGGUUCGAACCCGGUGCGGAUAGCAGCGCCGCCAGAGUUAGCAGGAAUGACGCUGGAAUCCAGGCUGGUAACCUACGACUGGGACAAUCAGUUUCACAGCUUCCAGGAGGCCACCAUGAGGGGGUCCUUCAAGCCGAUCUGCUGGACAGCGCAGUCCACUGUGCUACCGAAUACGGACAAAGAGUCCCACUACCCGAAUAUAUCGAAACCGUACGUCAGGAACGUGGUGGACCAGUGCAACUACCGGAGGUACAGCACGGAGGGCUGGCCCGGCGGCACGCCCAUCCUGGAGCUGGACGGCAACCACAUAGAGGGCGCCGCCCGCAGCAAGGUCUCCCGCAGCAGCAGCCCUGCCGCGGAGGAAUCCCUGGGACUCAGCAGGUUUAACUUGGCUUCGAGCUACGCGUCGAGCGGCGUCCUCGUAGUGAUAUCAAUUUUCCUUGUCUGGUUCCACCGCUGAGAGACGCCGAUCCCCGGACAAAGAGACCCUUUUUUCUACUGACUGACUCGGUGAAUGUACUGUUAUGUGACAAUUUCCCGUGAGUUGUUUUGAGUCAUGUUUUACUAGUCCGUUCGGCCAGGUAUGUGAGGAACUGCUACGAGGCGGGGGUCGGUGUGAGGGUAGUAAAACGUUCAGGUCGCGAGGGGGGCGGUUUGGUGGAAAUGUGGGACGAAAGUUGACAUUUUAUCGGGGUGUGGGUAGUAUGCAAUACGUGACUUUUUCGAGUUUUUGAUUUCUUUUCUCGUAAAUUCACGAGGGUAAUCUUUGUUCCCCUUUUACUUGAUUAAUCCCCGACAGCCAAAGACAACCGAAAUUGAGAAAACAAUUUUGUAACCAUGUGUGGUUUCACCACUUCUAUUCACUCAUUGCGUUGUAACUGACCAAAUACACAGCCUGACCAGUU